UAUUUCUGAGUAAAAUGUAACUCAAGUUGCUGCCAUUUAGCUGACAAGAAUGAGGGCCAGAAAUGUUUAAAUACUAUUCAAUAAAUGUAUCAGCAUGUAGCAUCAGCAGCAUUGUGCAAUUAUUACAGAACAUUAUCGAAAUUUGAACGAUGGCCGCUGUGAAUUCACGUCGCGUUUUAUCAGACAAAGAAUCACUCUGUGCAAUAGACGAUCUUUCGCGCUCCCCCACUCAUUUCCGGGUGUUUUUUUUUCUUCUCACAUUUCCUAGCAACGUUCCUUGGAUACGAGGGUUGAGCCAACCGCGCUCAGUGUGGCGGGCUGUCACCAAUAACAACAUGGAAGCACUGGAGAGGGCGGCUGCAUCUCCUCACUUGUCAGCAGAUGACGAUGUGAAUCGGCCUGUUGAACAAACACUUAUAAGCCAACAAAGUGCUGGCGAAGACCAGAGGCAGCCCAGGCUAAAAACAAAUGACCCGGUGCUCCAGCAGCCAGGGGGACACUCUUUGCAGCUAGAAUUUCAGGACAGUAAUUUGUCUCCAGCCCUUUCACUGCUGCCUGCAGCCUCGGGAGUAGGACAUAACUUCCCUGAAUAUUCUUUAUUCCAACAAAGUGACACUGAAUUUGCCCCUUUAAGAGCAUACCCUGACAUUUCCAUGGCAUCAGAGAGGUUUCACUUUCCACUCCAGGACCACACCGCUCAUGUCUCUGAAUGUGGCUCAUUAUCUCAGCACCCUUUGGCCCAGGCAACCAUUCUUUCUGAGGAGGGAGAAAUCAGCUGCUCUUCCCUCUCUCCGCACAGUUUGUCACCCAGGGACCAAGGCAAACAAGAGGAAAAUACUUCUUCAGCUGAUGACAGACAGGAAACACCACCAAGAGAUGAAACGGGUAGCAGAAUAAAGGAGCCAGAGACGAGACCUAAUCCUCCAGACAAGCCAGUAGGAGAGGCUGUCGAAGAUGAGACUUUCUUUCUGAAUAAGGAUGUUCGUGCGAAACAUCUCCUGGAGCUCUUACAGAAAGAUGUUGGCGUGCCAGACAGCAGCGGCAGUGUUGUUUCUUCUGCUUCCGAGACGUCUGUGAAGAGCACUUUGUCUUUUACAGAAGGGCACAUGGCUGUAAGAGAGGGUCCUCCAGGUGAAGCCUCUUUUUCCCUGCAGCAGAAACAACAACACGACAGAGUUUCAAACCGUGGCCAUGCGAGAGCGCCAUCAUCUGAGGUCUGUAACAUCACCACGGGUUCCCGCAGCACUCAACCCGAUGACAGCAGUGAGGAGUUACACAGACAACUGCUGUCUGAAGCUGAAUCCAAGAACAAACCACCUGUUCAGUCUGUUACUCCAUCUUUCAAAGAGAUGUCUGAGGGCAAGCCAGAUGUGAUCAAAAUUAAUUUUAGUAGCGUUCCUUGGACGGGACCAUUUUCAGCAGGUGUAGUACGGACUCACAGAGAACAAGACCUUUGGUUGUCCGGAAACCAAACGGGGAUUGAUGGGUCCUACCUGGGUUUUCUCCCACAGUCUCAAUCCACUCCAGGAGUUUUCAAGGCCCCACACAAAUCCAGUAUCAAGGCUAAAUUAGACCAACUUUCAGCCAUAGAAUCGAAUAAAGAAAGCUCUUUCCAGUCGAGCUCAGGGGUCUCACCCCAGCCAGCUGUUCCUGUAGAAGAUGCCAAAGGCCCAGACACAACAAAUCAGCGUCAAGAGGCUGGUAGCUCUGAAAAAGUCCAGUCUCUCCCAAGUCUCAACUAUAUGGAGAAAGUAGAUGCUUGGAGGGCAAACCAGAGUUCAGGCAAGACUUCAUUAUUUGAUAACCUAGCGCUGCAAGGAUUCUCUGGCACCUCUCCUAAAAAUAAAGCUUACGAGGCAGUAUCUGACAAGCUGAAUCGCAUCCUUAGUCAGCAGGUGAAGAGUUUACAGCAGCCUCUUGUUUCAGGUUCUGACAAUCAUAAUGUCCCACAAAGCUCCUCCACUCCGUCUGCCUUGUCUUCUCCGAGAAGAGGGGAGGCGGUGGGCAGUACUCCCAGCGACGUGGACAACACCGGGUCUGCAGCACCUCCCUCCGCCUCACCCUGCGGCAGGUCACAGUCCCACUCUUCUCUCAGCACAGUCGUCAUGUCCGCCCGCAAAGAUCAACAGACGGACAGGGCUUCGGAGAAAGAGGCGAGCCCCCGUCAGGAUGAUCUUCCAAGCUCUUCAGUUCAACCCUUAAAUCUCAUGAGCCUGGGCCACUUCAGCGAUGUGUCACUCGACCGUGAUUCUGCGCUUUCGAGCUCCCAAGGUAGUUACAGUGGCGUUAAAGUGGGAGCUUCUGUCGGAGCGUCCUCUGUUGUCAGCCUGGAAAUUGACAAUUAUGCCCCCCACUGGUCGUCAAAACGAUCAACGCCACCGCCUCUUCCCAAGCUUCAAGAGCUCGACAUUGAUGAACGAAUUCCGUUGUAUCUCCAUAACCUCGGCAUAGACCAGUCUCCCUCGACGAUCUUAACUCCAUUCGCCCCCCGAGGACCAAUCAGAGAGCCUGAAUUCUCUCCUACUGAUCUCUCUACAGUUAAAGGAUCCAUUGGGACGCCGACCAAGAGCACUCAGCCUUCUGAAGGUAGCAGUCCCCACAAAAGCGAGUUUUCCAGGUCCAGCAUCGUGUCAGUGGACUCCAGUAUAUCCAUCCCAUUUAGCCUGGACAGUCUCGGUCAAGGUGUUUCUGUCCCAGAGCGAACCAAGCGCACUUCUCCUCCGUCUGAUGCUGAAGCCACGCAGCGUAAACCCAGACCGGCAGCCCUCUCACAGUCGACUGAAGACUCCGAUUCCUCUGUAACACUGCAUCACAGCCAGCAGCAGGACAGCGGUUCAACCAGCGACCUGAAAAACAACCAGCCCAGAGACAAAUUUGAGGUCUCGUUACCUGUCGGUGAUAAACGUGGGGAAAGAAACACAGGGUCACUGUUACAAACGAGCGGUAGUUUGGAUCAGAGUGCGGAAGAGUCUUUUAUCGGCUCCAAAGCCUUGUUGGAAAUCCGUAAACUCCUCUCGCAGGCAGACAACAUGGUGUCUUCUGCGUCUUCUGCAGCGUCUUCGGCCUCCCGUGCUGCGCCCCGUCUCGUUUCCGAUGAGAACCUCUUCCUCUCGCAGGAGAAGAAAACCAGCAGACUUCCCGAGUCCUCAUUCUCCUCCUCCUCCUCCUCUGCUGGAGACCUCAGGACUCAUUCCUCACAUCCUUGGACCAGGUCGUCGUCCGACUCAGUGCUGACUUCAGAAAAACCGAGGCAGAGCUCUGUUGGUCGAGAGAAUAUGACGUCAUCGUGGCAACAAGCUUUUACGGCGGGACCCGCCACGAUUACACCCAAAACACCUGCAGAUAGCGCUGUUAGUGGCGGUGCAGGGACGUCCCUCGUCCUUUCCAAAUCAGCCCGGCGGACGGAGCCCGAGGGCUGCAGCGCUGCACCUCCUGACGCGAUCCCAACGCAGCCUCCGCCGGCUGCGAGUGCACAACAGCUCACCUCUACUCCCGUAGACACGGCACAGACCAGAGAGGAGGAGGACGAAGAAGAGAGGACAACACCCGGAGCUCCUGUCCUGAGUGUCUCCCCUUCUCCUGUCCUCGAAGAAUCGGACCAGGGAGUGAUUAGCGACGGGAGCAGCGAGAGCUCACUGGCCGUACGCGUGGCCAAGUUACUGCAGAGUGAGUCUCCAGCCACCAUGAUGUCCAGCACGCCCAGCGUCACGGACCAAGAGGAGAUCAAAGCCAGAGAGUGGAUUAAGCUGAAGGUGUCGGGACAACAGUGUGAGCCUCUAGAGUUGGACAAAGAAGACAGAAGAAGAAUUGAAGAAAUUAAGAAAGAGCUGCUGUUAAAAAACCCCAUAAAGAGCCAGAGCAGCACAGAUACAGAUACCAGUGCAGCAUCCAGUGUUUUAAACCCGAAAGAGAACAACCAGGCUCGGUUAGCAGAGGUAUUUGCCUCCGUCAGCGACGCUAACAAGCAGCCACACCAGCCGCCGCCGCCGCCGCUCGGCCCCCGUACGAACCCUCCUCUCUCUAGCACAGAGCAUCUUCACCAAGACCUGGAGGCUAAAGUUUGUGAGAUCGCCGCCAGAGAAGGAGUCACCCUCCCCACGAAACCCCCCCGGGCCUUCACAUCCAUCACCAUCUCCACCCGCAGGCGCUCGACCUCCCCCUCGCCUUCCACGUCCCCUGCGCCGACUCCAGGGCCUCUGCACCUGACGGAGCUGUCCACAGACACACCCCCACUGGAGGAAGAGGAAAGAUUAGGAGUAAGAGGUGGUCUGCACCCCAGAAAUGUGACUUCUCCGUCAGCAGCAGAGAGACAAGACGCUGUUGGAGGCCACUUUGAAGAACCUCCACCACCACUGGGUAGAGACGAUGGGACCAAACGUGACAGCAGGCGAGGUGACAAGUUUUUAGUCCAUAACAGCUCUCAGACCACAAGCUCAUCCGCCGUUAAAUCUCCUGCCGGGACUGGUCACGUCUCACACGUCCAUCUCACUCUGUCGCCCAAAGUUACCGAUCAAACCCCGUCCACUGCGUCCCGCUCCAGUCACGCUCUCUCGAGGCUGCCGCGGGAAGAGCUUGUCCACUUUAGACAUUCGUCAUCAGCGGCCAGCAGCCCGGACGAAGGCGUCGGUUUGUCCAGUCCACCCGAGUGGCUCGACACAAGAGAACCAAGGAGGCUAGAAAAACCCGUGUUUAAAUCUGCUGCGUCUCAAGACAAGACGACCACACAAUCCUUUACAACGCGUCACACACCUGAAACCUCACCAGGACCUUUUACCUCUGAAACACCAGUUCCUUCCCUGCUGCCUUAUAAACCUCGUGGCAGCGAGGAGCUUUUCUACGUCCCUCAGACUGAGGCUGAUGUCUCUGACACCACCAUGGAGAGCUCCCACUCAGGCUCGGACGACGCCGUCCCUCCUCACUUCAGCAGCGAGGUCCUCGGGCGCCAGGACCCGGGUUUGGACCGCGGAGUCGCCAUCAAACACGUAGAGGGGAUUUACAGCAAGAAGACGAAGACGUCCACCUUCAGAAUGAACGAGCCUGGACACAGAGGUGCCAUCUCUCCGGGUUUGAGCCAAACUCUGAAGCCGUCCUCUCAGAUGUCCGCAGCUUUUAACAAAGUGCCUUCACUGAGCAACCAAGACGUCUCCAAGAGAGACCAGGGGACGAGCCCCAUCCAGUUCCUAAACUACGAUCAUCCAGAGCCAAGCCGGCAGAGAUUUCAGCACCUUCACACGCUCCAAACAUCAGUGGCUCAGAGAGGAAGAGGUGGACAGCAGCAUCGUCCUGAGUCCUCCUUCCAGAGGAGCAGCAGCAGCAGCAGCGCUCUGGACCAGCUGUGGGACAAGUUCUGUGACCAGUGGACGACGGAGGAAUCGCGGCCGACCCGAGACAGAGAGGAGUCGCUGCUAGAGCGUCUGGAGCGUCUGUCUCGGCUAAUUCAUAGCACGAGGUCGACUGAUAUGUCUGCAGCACCGGAGGAGGAGGAGGAGGAGAGGGGGGGUUAUCAUCCAGAGGACAAUUUAGGAUGGAGAAGAGACGAUGUGAUAAUGAGGAGGACAAAGAGAAAGGAGGACACUCGUUUACAUGAUGACAGAGGAGCUAGAGGAGUUGAACCUUCGCUGACUGAAGACGACGACUCGUCCGCUUUCUCCCACGACUCCUCCCAGAGUUUGCACCUGUCCCCCGCGGGCAGAGACGAGUCGUCAGAGACGCUGUCCACCGCGUCCGGCUCCGUGUCCACCGUGGACACGGCCCGGCUGAUCCGAGCCUUCGGUGCCCACAGGGUGCAGCGCCUGAAGGCCACGCCCAGCCUCGGCAAACUGUACGGCGCCAUCAACAGGCAGAAAGAAGGGAGGGAACAGAGGAGAGGAAGGAACACUCCUCCGCUCGUCCUCACCCCGUCGGACUUCACCGGCACUGAGAGAUCUGUUGUUGCUGAUUCUGCCUCAUCAAGCAGCACUUACACCGUCCCAUCAAACCGUGGCCCGUCCAGGACCCUGGAAGCGAAGAAGGCUGUGAAACUGGUCAACAAAGGCGUCCAGGCAGGUGACCUGGAGAUUGUUAAUAACGGGACGCGGCGACACACCAGGGACGUCGGGACCACGUUCCCAUCACCUGUUGGCGCCAGAGCUUUGGGGCAGAUCUCACCGUCUUCAUCGGGCGCCGUGCGAGGACGAGGAGGACGGAGGAGCCCUUCUAAAAGUCAGGGCGUCCAGAAGCAGAGAAAGAGCAGGAGGAGUCCAGCAAAGCUUUACCCUAAAGGCGUUUCCUGGUUCAUCUCCGCCGCCGCCCUGAGGUCAGAUGCGAGGAAGGAGAACCGGCCGGACGAGUCUUCGUCGUCCCGGAGGCCGAGCGCGGUCUGGUUUGAGCCGUACAGCAGAAUCCGUCCGUGGAGAGAGCCGCUCCGACAGAGACGAGUCCUCGAGGACAGAAACGAACAGCACGGUGUGAUACACGAACUAGAACCUGAACCGGAACCGGAACCUACAGCCAAGACCACGUCCUCUGGUCUGACUCAAGUCUCUCUCCAGGAAGCUCUGGAGAUGAGUCGUCCAGAGUUUCUCUCCCGCUCCAGGCAGAGGAUGAAGCGUCUGGCUCUGCAGGUGGAGGAGAGGAAGCUACAGGCCGUCUUCACCCGAGACAGAGACGACGUCUUCGACCGGCUGGGAGGAGCCGAGAGGCUGAUGAGGCCUCCAGGCGCCGCUCUGAUGAGGAGGGUCGUUCCCAGGAAGGAGAUGAUCCAAAGAUCCAAACAGAUUUAUGAGACUCUGCCAGAAGUUCAGAGGAGGAGAGAGGAGGAGAGAAGGAAAGCGGAGUAUAAAUCCUACCGACUGAACGCACAACUCUACAACAAGAGAAUCACAAACCGUGUCCUGGGCAGAAGAUCAGCGUGGCAGUGAUCAGACAUGUGACCUCCGGACUGAACAUGAAAUCAGUGAAACAUUUCUAAUACAGAAACAAAACUACCUAUUUUAAUCUUUUAUUUAUUUUUGAAGGGGAAUUAAACUCGAACAGAAGCAUCAUGGACCUUUUUU